CAGCAACUUGAACUCAUUGGGCGAACGCCGCACCUCCCCAGCAGCUUCCGCGUGACCGAGUACUGUCGACCUCAGGCGAAGUUCAAACUUGGGCGGUGGUGAUUCAUGAACCUGUCACGGUGCUCUGGUAUGCCAAUCUCAUACGCAGCACAGGACCAUUGGCAUUGGCAUGGCCCCGCGUCGCCGUGAAGUUGGCUCAUCUCUUCAGCAUCAGGCUCUCAUGUGCUUGUUUGGCCCGGGUGAACUCUUUGCCCAGAGCUUUUGUACGUGCCAGACCAGCUGGGGAACCUACCGGGGAUUCAGGUGGAGCAGUGCGCAAACACGGAGUGGCGGUACAUAAAGAAUGGCUUCGCUGUCGACAUCAGGUCAGUCGAUUGCAAUGCCAGUGAUGAGUUCGGAAACGUCAGAUAGCAAGGAUGCCCAUCGCGAGUCCAUCAGCGACGCCCAUAGUGGGCAUGAAAAUGUUGGAGUGCCGUGCUCCUCCGGGGAGCUGUCCUCGGCUCCAGGGUCCCCUGCUGCCAAGGAGGUGGCCUGGAGCGAGGAGGAGGAGGAGGAGGAGGAGAAGGUGUGCAGAGUAUGCUGCUGCCAAGAACCGGAUCCCGCGGGUGAGGAGGCGCUGGCUGUGCUCGAGAUCACUAGCCACAUCCCCCUCCUAGAAGAGCAAUUCGAGGAGGCAAGGCGUAGACGGAGCUUGAGUCGAGACUCCGUCAAGGGCUUGAGACCCACCGAUUCUUUUGCUGCCAUUGUCGAGCGACCCGCCCCUGCAAGGGGCAGCUUCCGAGGUCUUGCUGCGGACCUUGCAAGGCGGAUAUUCCAGAAGGAGGAGGGGCCGGCGGCAGGCGAUGGAGGCCCUGCUCUGCGCAGAGCCAGCAGCCUGUCCUGCGGGGUGCCCCAGCAAGGCGUCCUCAGGAGUUGGUCGCUGCCACGACCAGGCGCGGAACACGGCGUCGACUUGGAACAGGGGGUAAAGCCUUCGGAACGACUGCCCAAGCAGACAGCAAAGCCAACCCCGGAGGCAAUACAAGACGACAUACAGCAGACCGGCAGCGUUGGCCAGCAGGCAGCAGAGGCAGCGGCUCCGCCUGGGCCCAUGGCGUCGGCGCCUGCCAGUGAAGCUCCUGCAGGGGAUCCCCCGGCGGAGGUGGUGCCUGGCAUGCCCCGCGGCCGCAGCCAGCUGCUGCAGUUGGGGUGCCACUGCCAGGGGGACCUGGCGCUUUGCCACUACGCGUGCUUUCUGCGCUGGGUCGUCUCGCGCGGGCCGUCUGCCGCCCACUGCGACAACCAGUGCGAAAUCUGUGGCCAGCCCGCAACCAGCGUGAGCCAGGCCGACAUCAACACCAUCAAUUCAGCACUACGUCAUCGGCGGCGGUUGACGGCCGGGCAGCGAGAAGGACGAAGCGCCCCCGUGGAGUUGCUUGUCCCUGAACUAGCAGGCGGCGACCCCAGUGUGGCGGAGAGCGAGGCAGAUGCGCGCGCCCUGAUUGGCGCUGCUGCCUGGUUUGACCCCCUGAACCGCGGGGGUGGGGACGCUCGCAGCUUUGGGCGUACGCUGCAGGUGGACCGCGCUCAUCCGGCGCCCGCGGAAGUAUCGAUGUUGACGCACAGCACGCGGUGGGCGGUGGAGAUUCUCGGGGUGGCGCUGGCCACCGCACUGCUCACGCUCACGCUGAGCCGCCUCUUUGUGGAUGUGCUCCCACAGAACCAAGUACGAUUCGGACUUCACUACAUCCUGUCCGCCAUCAUUGCAUUCGUGGCCGUGAUCUGGUUCCGUGUUGUGGCCAUCCCCCGGUUGCGCUCUGGCCCUGCCCGUAGUGGGGCGAUUGUAAUGUGCAUAUGGCUUAUGGUCCUUGGCGUCUGGUUUAGUGGAACCAAGCCCCCAGAUAGGACCUCAGGCUCUGGCCGUGGUCCGUGAGGUCUUCUUCUCUUUGCCAUUUAGGCAUAAAAAGGUCCGAGAAGUACUGUACACGUUGCGAGUAAGGAGAAACUCAUAAAGGUGUUAUAGGUCAAGGAGCUUGUCUGUCGCUCAAGCUAACCCGUCCUACUCGGGCAAGUUGACCAAGCGCGGACAGAGUCUGAGAAACGAAUCCGACGUGGAUCCGCCAUUGAAGACAACAUAAAAAGGCAACAAGUCCACAGGAUCCAAAUUGGAGCAGCUUAUGAGUAGCUCCUUGUUUAUAUUUAUACCACCGCAUACACAGUUGACGGACAACUUCCCGAAGGUAGAGCAAGCAAAUACAUACAGAUGAGGCUGGCCGUCAGAUCAGCAGACUUUUUAGAUUCAAUCGACGUUUACCUGCUACUGCACAAAUGUACAGGCCAUCAUGGUCUGUCUAUGAGGGACGCACAACAGAUUCCCGGCCUGUCAUGAAGUUGAUUGACCUCAGCCUGCACCGCAC